CUGCUGAAACUGAGCUAGCCAGAAGUUCAGAACCCAGCCCAAACACAUUGGGAAGCCACAGUUGCGACCGACGCCAACCACCUGUUGGUUUCGGUCUUCCUUGGAUAAACAAUCCCACACUAUCCAUCGGUCCAAGGUUCAACAUAAGAGAGAGAACGUGGCCCAGGACUCCCGUCCAUUCCUUGCCUCCAAACUUUCUCUCAACCUUCCAACAAUUGUUUAUUCGGUCACUAUUGGCGACAACAUGUCAAUGCUUCGGAGAUUGACUGGGCUUGUCCCAACACCCCGUGUCGGGCAGGCACUGGUAGGGUACUUGACAAUGAUCAGCUUGGCAGCUGGUCAGACAACUACCUUUCCACCGGAUUUUGAGGGCAUCUACUUUUUCGAAAACCAAGAUACCACUACGCUAACUUGCGGAACCGGUAGUACCUUCACCAUUUGGAGGGAUUCCAUCGCAGCUUGCUGCCCGAUAUCCUUUGCGAACUGCGACUUCCCAACGAAAUGUGUAGGCGAUACACUGUAUCACAGGUUUGGUACCACUGAACGCUGUCCAUCAGAUUACCCAAACUGCGCCACAAUGACCAUCUUCGACAAAUUUCCCCAAGCUAGUAACUACUGGUUUGAAGUAGGUUGCGGCCCGACAGACUACGCCAUUCACUCGAUAUACCGCGAGAUAGCCACGUCAACCAGCACAAGUUCCACCAGCCAGGCUUCCAGGACCUCACAACCACCCACUCCCGCGUCGACGGCCUCCACCACAGAGCCGUCAAUCACAUCAUCCGCUGCUACCGCAUCUACCGGUACCUCAGACUCAAAGACUUCUAGCUCCUCACAAUCCAAAGCCUGGAUAGCCGGGCCCAUCGCUGGCGGUGUCGCUGUCCUGCUCUUAUUGGGUGCCUUCCUUUGGUGGUGGCUGCGGAAGAACAAGAAGAACAAGACCAAAUCGCUCGAGCAAAACAACGCAAACAACGAGAACACCGCACCAUCGGCCCCGGUGGCCCAGACAGGAUAUGAAGGGGGAUAUAUGCCGGGACCGGGUUAUAUGGGCCAGCCACCACCUCAAGGCUAUACACCACAUACACAGUCACCACCAAAUCAAUACUCACCAUAUUAUCCGCCUUCGAGCCCGCCGCAGUAUCAUAACCCGCACCAUUCAAUGCUUUCUGGGACUGGAACCGCAUCGAUUAUGUCCGGUUGGCAAGGGCAGGGCGCAUCACCGCGGCCGGUUUCGGAGCUACACUCGGAGAAUGCGACGAUGAAGUAUCAGCACGAUGCUCCUAUCAUUUCAGAGGUUCCGGCAACUGAGCAACGUCCGGCGGGAGGGCAGGGUAAGCAGGGGCAUGGUGUUAUUGUUGAGGCUCCGUGAGGCUCUACGAGGUCUGAGGUUAGAAAAGGGGGCUCUGUUGAAUUGCGCGGUGAUUUGGCUGAGUUGAUGAGAAGAUGGUAGAUCAUAGUGAGCAUUGUUGGAUGACGGCGAUAUCGUUGGAUAGGUAUAGUGCAAUUCUGAGAGGGAACUGAACAGGAGCAAAUACCAGCCAGCUUUCGAUUGACCUAAAAAUGCGAGAAGAGAAGAAGCCU